UACAAUUUUUUUUAUUAAUACAGUGAACACGGUUGUGGUUUCUUAUACAUGACUUUAAACUUGUACACAGUUUCACUUGAACUUUGCAGUACCUCAAAGUUGUUUCCUGUUUAAACAUUCUCAGUCACUUCCACAUGUAGCAACAACCUUUGUUCAAACUGAUUUGAGACAUCUGAUUUGUGAGCAGACACGGUUCUUGUGGCUUUGUCACAGUUACAUUCACUCGCCUGCACUUCAUAUUCCUCAGAAGAGAAACAUGUUCAACUGUACAUUAGAAAAUGGAACGGAGCGGGAUAUGAGGAACACGCCGUACGCUCCGGUGUUUGGAUCUGUAAUGAUGCUGGGUCUGCCUCUCAAUGCUGUGUCGCUGUGGAUUCUGUUACGCUGCCACAGCCUCAAAUCCCCCAGUGUCGUCUUCAUGGUCAACCUGGCCAUCUCUGACCUGCUGCUUCUCAUCUCCUUGCCCAUGAGGGUCUACUUUUAUGCCAUGGGGACCUGGCCUCUGGGCAAUAAGGCAUGCAUCUGUUUCACAAUGCUCUUUCGCAACAACAUCCGCUCCAGGGCCAUCAUCAUUUUAGACAAAAACAAUGAAUCUACCUGUUUUGAAUUUUGUCACAAGCUGCCGUCUACAUUGGCUUAUCUUCAGCCUGUGUUGGUGCUCACUAUGCUGGCAGUCAACAUUGUGUCCACUGCUCUGGUGUCUUGGACUCUACACAGACAUCUGAAUGACUCCGCAAGGAUAAACAACAAGGUGAAUGUCAUGAUGAUUUUUUCACCAUAUUUUUCUUGCCUGUGUCAUUGCUUGUCAUCUUUAAAAGCUGGAGACCUGCUCAUACGCCACGGAUAUGUCUUGCUAGCUACUUUAUAGAUCAUAAUGUUAAAGAGUACAA